CAAGCGCAGUUCGCAGUUUUGGAUAGAGAGCUAGAAGAAGAGCCGUAACAGAAUCGGUGAGAGAGAGAGAAUAUGUCGUCGUUUCUGCAAUCGUUCCUCGAUCCGAAGAAGAGCGCCCUCGCUCGUAUGCACAUGAAUGCGGUCUCUACUCGUCUUCGAAGAUAUGGCCUCAGGUAUGAUGAUCUGUACGAUCCUUAUUACGAAAUGGACAUAAAGGAAGCCAUGAAUCGGUUGCCGAGGGAGAUCAUCGACGCACGUAACCAGCGUCUCAAGCGCGCCAUGGACCUCUCCAUGAAGCACGAGUAUCUUCCGAAGGACCUUCAGGCAAUGCAGACACCAUUCCGCAGCUAUCUUCAGGAGAUGCUAGCUCUUGUUAAGAGGGAGAAAGCAGAGAGAGAGGCCUUAGGAGCUUUGCCCCUCUACCAGCGUACCUUCCCCUAGGCAGCAUCCCCUUCGCUUCCCAAUGGUCGUUUAUGAUCCUCUUGUCCUCCAAAUGAAACACAUUUGGUAAUCUGGUAAUCGCACUGGAACUUAUAGCAGAAGUUGAAUCCUUUUUUUGUUUUGAAAUCAUAUGACAGUUCUUCAGUUGUGAUAUUGAUAUUACAUUUCGCAUCUGCUGGCUUGAAUAAAAUUCUCAGUGCAACUGAGUCAUUGUAUUAACUGUUUUUUUUUUCUUUUUCAUUUUUCUUAUAUUGUCUUAUGAUUGGUUUGAAAGUUUGUCUAAGGGUGCCUCUCCUUGGUCCUA